UUAUCGAGCGCUGCCCUCUUUGCAUGGAAGCACAUCUUGCAGUUUGAAUCCUAAGUUGCGCUUGCGAAAGAAAAGCAGGCGGCUACGGCGGAAAGAAGAGGCACAAAUUCACUGGACAGCUGUGAGACUGACUGGGUGGGUAGUAACUAAGCUGAGCUGCUUCGUAAAGGUACCUACAUAGUUCAUUUUUCACCGAUUGCCUUCACCGAAGACACCAGAUGAGCAAUAAUUUUUCACGCGAAUGGGCGAACGGGAGCCCUUUGGAAAGAAAGAGGCGAAACUAGCAGGAAAGGGUGAGAAAAAAACAAAGGAAUGGAAGGCAUGGGCGAAAAGGGAAAGCUGCCGGCUAUUUGAGGUCAUCGCAAUUUACCAUUUACCGUCAGGCGGUGGGAAAACUGGGCAGCGAUGGCACCUCGUGCACCGGACCGCCAUCCGAACGCAGCCGGCUCCCGUGCGCGGACACUAUAGUUCAGCCAGUCGGACCGAUGCACCGGACAAGACGGGAAAAGGUGGCGAACGAUGCAUUUCUACAGAUUAAAACACCGGGAGCUCUGACUCGCAACUUCGGAUAUUAAGCAAAGCCAUUCAAAGACGUUUCCUCGCUUACCAUUCAAGAUCAAAUAAGCCAUCGCAUUUAGUAUUUCAGUUACGGGGGAAAUAUAUUAUACUGACACAUUUGGCAACAUUCCUACCUUCUGAAAUGAUUUUUUUUAGAGAACUAUUAUCUAUUAAAAAUGCCGUUCCGCGUAUUAUCAUGAAAUAUUAUAGGACCACGAUCCGCUCGCAUGGAUUCUGAAAAGUGUGUUUAAGCAGCGCUGCUACAGCCGUCAGGAUGCCCGCUGCUCUCUCGCCAUCCCAAUCGCUGUAUAUAGGCAUGGAGGUCGCAAUAGCGGUGUCCUCCGUCAUCGGGAACGUGAUGGUGGUCUGGGCGGUGAAGAUUAAUCGAAAUUUAAGAGACACGACAUUCUGCUUCAUAGUGUCUUUGGCUCUGGCUGAUAUAGCCGUGGGGGCUCUCGUCAUCCCCCUGGCCAUCACGAUCAGCAUCGGUCUCCAGACGCACUUUUACAGCUGUCUGAUGGUGGCGUGCACCGUGCUCGUCCUGACGCAAAGUUCCAUCCUGGCGCUGCUUGCAAUUGCCAUCGAUCGGUACCUCAGAGUUAAGAUCCCAACCAGCUAUAAGCAGGUGGUGACAUCCCGGAGGGCAGGGACUGCGGUCGUGUUGUGCUGGACCGUGGCUUUCCUGGUGGGCUUGACUCCCAUGCUCGGCUGGAACAACCUGCAGAAGCUGCAGGGGAACGGCUCGCUGGGGUCCGACCUGACCGUGACCUGCCAGUUCGAGAACGUCAUCAGCAUGCAGUACAUGGUCUACUUUAACUUCUUCGGCUGGGUGCUGCCGCCCCUUGUGCUGAUGCUCGUCAUCUACGUGGAGAUCUUCUACAUGAUCCACAAACAGCUGAGCAAGAAGGUGACGGCCAACCAGAACGACCCCAGCAAGUAUUACGGCAAGGAGCUGAAUCUCGCCAAAUCUCUGGCCCUGGUUCUCUUCCUCUUCGCCAUCAGCUGGUUGCCUCUGCACAUCCUCAACUGCCUGACGCUUUUCUGUCCCAGCUGUGAGAAGCCCAUGUUCCUCAUCUACAUCGCCAUCCUGCUCACCCACGGCAACUCGGCCGUCAACCCCAUCGUCUACGCCUUUCGCAUCAAGAAGUUUCGCACCGCCUUCCUCACCAUUUGGAAGCAAUACUUCUGCUGUAAGCCAGGUCCCUUCCCCGGUCCACAGGUCAGUGAACGGGUGAACCUUCCGGUUGAGCAGCUGCAGGUGGAGCAUAACGUGACCUGACCUGGCGAAAAUGGCGCCCCCUGCAGUCCUGGAAGUGCCUCACGUGGAACUGCGUUGAUUAAGAUGCCCCACAAGCAUCUUAUCAAAACGAGGUGAUUGUAUGACGAUCCCCCAUCAUGACUUAAUUGCGAUGAUUCCUAACUCAAUCUGGGGAUUUCUUUAGGCGAACUAACUGGGCUAACUUGGUUGAGUGAUCCUUCACCAACACCUAAGCGAAAUCUGCCGCAAACUUCACUGUUUCUUAUGCCAAAAAAAAACUAUGUUCUUUUCCUUAAAUCGGCAAACUCGGCAUGAGCUACCAAUCUAAAGAGGCACCUGAAAUGACCAAAAACUGUACAUUAUUUCAUAUUUAUUUGCUGCAUGUUUUUUUUCAUUCAUCCUGGAACAUGACCUUCGCACGGAUAAAGGAAUUUACGGGAUUGCAUAAUUAGAUGUGAGAGGCUGUUAAUUGUUAACCUGUGUGGUAAUCCGUCAAAGGGCAGGUUGUGGUAAAUGGUGGAUUAUGUGGGGGCGUGUGUGGGGGGAGGGGGGAGGAAUUGCUACAAAUUAGUGUAAAUAUGGCGGUUCUUAAAUAUGACGUGACUUCAGCUCAGAAAACCCCAUAGCAUCAUCAUGCCAGUGGGGUUCUUGUACAACCGAAAGGGUCAAUAUUUUACCAGGACGCGAGUGUGUGUCUCCCUCAGAAGUAAGUCCUCCGCUCUGUUGCUACGUGGUGGACUUCUGCUGCUCCAGGGCCGAGGAGAAAGACAUUUGGGAGCCUGGCCUGUAUGAUAAAGGGCAAUUUAAGACUUUAAUGUGACACAAAGAACAAUGGGAAUUUAUGGGGUUCAUAUACAAGGGCAAUUUUAAGGUUUAUAAAGGUGGGGGACAUGAGAAGGCCCAUAAUUCAUACCAAGGGCCCAACCUUAUUAUGAGCCAAUGAUAUGCUUGGAAACGGUGAGUGACAGAUGAGGGGGCACUCCGGAGGCCAAUCAGCUUUCGGCUGGGGUGGGUGCCCCUGUGGCUCCGCCCCUGUACACACCCCUGUUCAUAUGGAUGAAAAGGAUUGAUCUGUAGUGGGUACUUAUAUGCAGGGCAGUGUUUAUUUACAGCUCUUCGUGCUUAGGCUGGAUAAUCGAUGUAAAGAGAGCCAAGCUGGUAAUGUCCAAGGUCUUAGAUCAACAUCUGAGGAAUCAGUGGUUCAAUGUAUUGCCCUUCACCAAUGAACGUGCCAUGGCUGUAGUGCGCGACUGUCAGCCUUGCGUUGUCCAUACUGAUUCUAGGGUCUUCUUUAAGGCAUAGAUCUACAGUAUUUCCUGACGCAUUGAAUCUACAAAAGCAUGAAGAACAUUCGCAUCCACAACUUUCCAGUUACAAUGUUUAAAAAACGGUGGGAGAGAAACACUGUAAACAGCCAAGCAGUCACUUAGACCUCAUCUGUAUCUCCUAGCCGUGUGAUGUUAGACUAGGACCCACCAACAUCUCGUCCAGUUCUAACCCUGUAAAUAAAGGUGAUCUCAAUGGCAGCGCCUGCUGCAUUCAUGAAUAUCAUGUUUCAUAUAAAGCAGUGUGUAUUUUUCUGUACGCUUAUCUGGAUUGGAGUAAAUUUGCACUGGACUGAUACCGCAUAUAAUCCUAGAUUGGGGGAAACAAUUUUCUUUGUUGCAUGUACCACUGUAAAUAAUAGGCUUUCAUAAAUCCGUCUUGAAUAUGUAGACGUUUUCAUUCAGAUAUGAUUUGAUGCAUCCUGAAAAGACAUGAGACAGGAGCCGAGACAAGUUCCACCUCCCCGAAACCAUUUUAUUGUGAUUUCAGAACUUAAUAUAUUCAUCCACAAACCUGUACUAGAUAUGCAUUAUUGAGAUUGGAUGGAUACAGUAGGCAUGUUAAUACAAUAUGCAGCACCUUCCUGUUUGUCUAUGAAUGACCCAACUCUCUCUUUGACUAACGAUUGUCAAUGGCGCGUUUAUCAAUGGCCUGAUUGUCAACGGCAUGUACAUUCAGACCAUCCAUUCUUCCAUCCAUCUCCCAACUGAUAGUUCACUACAGAGUUGCAGCCGCUUGUUUUAUACAAGUAUCGUUCUCCUAAAUUCCGUUCCGUGGUUGAAUGAUUUAUAUACAUACCUUUCAAGCCAUUGAUGCAGGAUGAAAGCACAGACUGCCUUCCCAGACCCUCCUGAUAUAUACCAUUUAUAUAAAAGGUGGAACGCUUUUAUAUAAAUGGAACGAUAUUUCCAAGCAUCUUUGUGAGCACGUAGCCUUUAUUGACAUGUAGCGCUUUGGAAAAAUAUCAAAGCUAUCCCCAAUAUAUAGCUGCAUAUACCUUACAACCCUUAACUUGUAAACCACUUUUAUGACACGUCCACAAUAUUUUAUCAGAAUAAGAUGAGAUAAAUUUCCUUGAUCCCAGAGGGAAAUUCUAUUCUCAAAAAAGUAUACAGUAUACAAAUGGAGUAUUCAGAAAAAUAGAAUAUUAUGGAAUAUUAAGGAAACAAACAUAAAUAAAGAAUAGAGAGAACAGGGCAAUGUUGUACAUUACUCUGUUGUACAGCUAAUGUGCAGAUUUUAUUGAUUUCUGUCUCAAAGAACGGGCUCUGAGGCUAGGGAUCUGUGCCAGUAAAAAUCCCAUGAAUACCAGCAGUGAUCCUACUCUGUUGGGCCCUUGAUCAAAGCCCUUAACCAGCAAUUGCUCCAUCCUGGGUGUGAUGUUAAUCUACAUCCAGCCCCUAUAAGGAGGUCCUCCAACUUACUGGGAAAAUUUGGGGGUUGGUGGCAGGAUUGGCACUCCAGCCACUGGAAAAAAAAAACUCACACUGGUCCAUUUGGACUGGUGUGGUACUGAGGUAUCACCCACUGCACGGCUCCUCUGUGGUUCUCAUCCCUGAGGUGGUUCAUCAUGUGGUGGGGGAAGCGAUGGGAUACAAUCAGCAUGUGCCCCCUUACCUGUCUUUAUUAAAAAUAAUUACGAUGAACAAAA